AUGCCCAGAGCCUUCCUCGUGAAGAGACGGAGCCCACUGCCUGCCAGCCGCAGCUGGGACGAGCUGCCGGACGAGGAGCGGGCGGACACCUAUGUCCCAGGACAAAUGAGGUGUUUUCUCCAGUAUCGCAAUGAGGACAGCUGCAGCUUGGAGAGCACCAGCAGCCGGGACACAGAGGCCACGAACGCCUCCGCACCCGAGUUUUCGGUGGAAGAGACACUUGUAGACGUGGCUGUGAGCCACCCUACUGCCAGGUCCAAAAUCAAGUUCACCACCGGCACCUGCGGGGACGUCUCGGGGCACCACUGCGAGCUGUGCGGCAAAGGCUUCCGCCUGCAGCGCAUGCUUAACCGCCACAUCAAGUGCCACAGCCAGGUGAAGCGACACCUGUGCACCUUCUGCGGGAAAGGAUUCAACGAUGCCUUUGACCUGAAGAGACACGUCAGGACACACACAGGAAUUCGCCCUUACAAGUGUGAGAUUUGCAACAAGGCCUUCACUCAGCGUUGCUCUUUGGAAUCACACCUCAAAAAGAUCCACGGGGUGCAGCAGCAGUAUGCGUACAAGGAGCGGAGAGAUAAACUGUAUGUGUGCGAAGAUUGUGGGUACACGGGCCCAACGCAAGAGGACUUGUACGUACAUGUCAGUAACGUUCACCCAGCAAGCGCCUUUCUGAAGAAAACCUCAAAAAAACUUGCAGCCGUUUUGAAAAACAAGCUGACGCCUCCCACAGAGAUGACCUGCAACGCAAGCGAGAAGGAACAGGAGCGCUGCGCUGGACUGUAG